GCUCCCGAGGCCGGGAAUGCCGCUGGAAGCUGCCGGGGGGCUGAGGGGGAUCCCCCGGUGCCCCCCAGCUCUGCCGUGCCCCCCAGGAUCGCCCUGCGGAGGAUGCCCUCCAUCCGCCAGACGCUGCAGGAGAUGGGCGUGAAGGUGCGGGACGUGUUCCCCGAGCUGCGCCGCGCCACCCGCGCGGGAGGGGACGGUCCCCGCAACGGGACAGCCCCCACGCUGCUCACCAACUACCUGGAUACCCAAUAUUUCGGCGAGAUCAGCAUCGGGACCCCCGCGCAGACCUUCAAGGUGGUCUUUGACACGGGCUCGGCCAACCUGUGGGUGCCGUCCUACAAGUGCUCCCCCCUCUACAGCGCCUGUGUGUCCCACAGCCGCUACGACUCCUCCAAGUCGCGCACGUACAUCGCCAACGGCACCGGCUUCGCCAUCCGCUACGGCACCGGCAGCGUCAAGGGCGUGCUCAGCCAGGACAUCGUCAUGGUGUCGGACAUCCCGAUCAUCCAGGUGUUCGCCGAGGCCACGGCGCUGCCCGCCUUCCCCUUCAUCUUCGCCCGCUUCGACGGCGUGCUGGGCAUGGGCUACCCCAGCCAGGCCGUGGACGGCAUCACGCCCGUCUUCGACCGCAUCCUGGCGCAGCACAUCCUCCAGGAGGACGCCUUCUCCGUCUACUACAGCCGGAAUGCUCCCCUGAAGGCCGGCGGGGAAAUCAUCCUGGGCGGCAGCGACCCAGCCCAUUACAGCGGCGACUUCCACUACGUGAACGUCAGCAGGAGCGGCUUCUGGCAGAUCCGCAUGAAGGGGGUGUCCGUGGGGGCCGAGACCCUGUUCUGCAGGGAAGGCUGCUCGGUGGCCGUGGACACGGGCGCCUCCUACAUCACGGGCCCCGCCGGCCCCGUGUCCGUGCUCAUGAAAGCCAUUGGGGCCACCGAGGCGGCCGAAGGCGAGUACGUGGUGGACUGCGAGCAGGUGCCCCAGCUGCCCAACAUCUCCUUCCACCUGGGAGGGAAGGUGUACGGCCUCAGCGGCCCGGCCUACGUGCUGCGGCAAUCGCAGUACGGCGAGGACGUGUGCGUGGUGGCUUUCUCCGGGCUGGACAUCCCCCCUCCGGCCGGUCCCCUCUGGAUCCUGGGCGCCACCUUCAUCGGUCACUACUACACCAAGUUCGACCGGCGCCACAACCGCAUCGGCUUCGCCACGGCCCGCUGAGCCCCGGGGGCCGGGGGGGCUGCGGGGAACCGGCCCGGGGGCUGCAGCAGCCCCGGCAAGCAGCGAGAGAGCAGCAGCGAGAGAGCAGCAGCGAGAGAGCAGCAGAGAGAGAGCAGCAGCUGCCCCGCAGCUCUGCCGCCCCCUCCUCCCCAAAGGCCCCCGCACCCCGCGCUGCUCCCGGGAGCCGAGCCCGGAGCGAUCCCAGCGGGAUCCCGCGGCCGGAGCGGCCCCUCCGGGCUCUUUCUGGGCCAUGUGCGAUGGAGGGCAGGAGCAGCGCACCGGGAUUUGCUGCGGGGGCGGCUGAGGGGCGCUCUGGGACUGUUCCUGUUGUUCCUAAAUCGGGGGCAAUAAUCGGUGUUUGAGGAUGGUUGGAGCCGGUGUCAGCCCUGCUUUUCUCUUUGAGUUUGAUAUUAAACAAUUUAAAGCACCAGGAGGAUGAGUGGAGGGUUGGUCUUGCAGACUGAGAGGGUCAGACACCUUUAUUGAGGGAACUGGGCCACAAAUGUCCCUGGGCCAGGAGCCACCUCCUCAUUUGUGCCACUUCCACCCCCUAAGGGUGCAACGCCCUCGCCAGCCCCGGCGGGCAAAUCAAGGGCUCUGCAAAGCUCUUCCUGCAGCUGGGAUGGUGCCAGGAGCUCUGCGUGUCCCCCUGGGGACAGGGCCACCCUGGGUGUCCCCUUGGGGACAGGGACACGGCUGUGCCUCAGCUCUGCCGUGGCACCCGGGGAGGGGACAGUGCCAGCGGGUCUGUGUCACACAGGACGGUGGCUCCUGUCCCAGGGUCUGUUUCCAGGAAAAAGCAGAGGUUUUCCUCUGCCCUGGCUGUGGGGAUGCCCCUGGAGGUGCCCCCUGUGCCAGCUGGCCUGGAGGGAGGGGCAGGGCAGUGCUCCCAGCUGGGGGGACAUUCCCAGUUCCAGCCGUGGAUCCCCAGCCAGGGGAACGCGGGCUGGACUCCAGUCUGACCAGUUCAGGGGAGUGGGGAAGCUGCUCCUGGGGCAGGGCCUGGAGCGAGUCAGGAUCUCACCACGGAGGAGCAGCCGCUGGCAGGAGCAACUCACCCUCAGAGCUGCAGAGCUGAGCAAUUCCCAGCGCUCAGGAACACCAGAACUGACAAUUCCAGCACGGAGGAACCCCAGAGCUGAC